UGGUAGAUCGAGCGAGAAGGUUGCUGGUCGGUUGCGCGAGCGAGUAGCAGCGAUCAUCUGUAGUGAGAAGAGGUACCUUCGAUCAUUUCCAGCAGUGCUCGGUCUGGUUAGUGCCAAUGUACAGCUGAACGAGUGUGCAUCUCGCGCAACGUAUAUUUAUCCCACGGGAAAGUGCGUUUGAGUGUAGCUGCGGUGCAUGAAUAUCGAUAAAAGAUCAGUGUAAAAGUCGCGCAAAAUUUCUGUCCAAAGUGCUUAAAUUGGUGCGAAUUUCAGUGAAAUAAGCUUCGAAAAUUAGCGCACAGCAGAGAGAAGAGAAAAACAAGUGUUGGACCCUACUGCACACAUACAGAUCACACCUACAGGGAAAGAACUUGCGAGCUGUCUGUCUCACUAGCUCGCAAGAUCGUCAACUCACUGGUCAAGUGAAGCUAAAAAAACACAUACCUACAGCGUACUCAGUAGCAGUUGGGACGGCAGUGACGUGUUGUGUGUUUGAAAGUUCGGCGAAGUUAGGUGAGUUCCAGCUAAUCUGGUGAUGCUCUGUCCGUGCUCCGAGCUCCGGCAGUGACCUGGGAUUAUCGUAUCUAUUCGAAGUGUGGACUGUGCGCACACCGAGCCGUUUGUGUGUUGAUUCCAAAGCUGAGUUGGAGCUGGACCUUACUGGAAUCAAAAUAAAUUUAGAACGAGCUUGCCGCUAAGGUGAACGUAUUUCGAGUUAUCAAUCCAUCCGGAAACAUUCAGACACGACAAUGGCGUCCACACUGAUGUUCUGGAACAAGCAGAACUCCAAUAACCAGAACGGGAGCGAUGCCAAGAACACAAAGAACGGACGUAACUGGUUGCAUGCGCCCGAUGUGCUGGUCAACGGUCAUGUUGCAUAUCUAGUCAAAUUCCUCGGAAGCACACCGGUCGAACAAGCGAAAGGAAUAGAGGUAGUGAAGGAGGCAAUACGGAGGCUGCAGUUCACGCAGCAGAUGAAAAAAGCGGAAGGUGGCAGUAACGUUAAGACGAAAAAAGUUGAGAUCACUGUCAGUGUGGAUGGCGUGGCGAUACAGGAGCCCCGAACUCAAACUAUUCUGCAUCAGUUUCCACUGCACAAAAUCUCAUACUGUGCCGAUGAGAAGGGGGUUAAAAAAUUCUUCAGUUUUAUAGCCAAAACUGGAACGACGACACCAUCACUGAGUGCUAACAGUGACGAUACCCACUCGUCCAACUCAACCGAUCAGGAUGGACAGCACGAAUGUUUUGUUUUCAUUUCGAACAAACUAGCGUCGGAUAUCACCCUCACUAUCGGACAGGCGUUCGAUUUGGCCUACAGGCGCUACGUCAGUGACAGCGGCAAAACUGUUGAAGCUUCUAAAUUGCAAACCCAGAAUAAACAGCUCGAGAACACAGUCAAUGUGUACCGCCAGCGUUUGAAGGAUCUAUCGGAGCUGGUACCUAAGUCAGAUCUGGACAAACUGCUGCUGAGGCUAGGUUUACGUGAUAUCUGUGAAGUGCCAGUGCUUGAGAACUCCAUUGAAAACCAUACUGCCACUGUCAAUGGUAGUAAAACGCCAGAUUUGGGCAUUGAUGUUUCUUUACCGAACAACGAUGAUCAGCUGCUGAUCGAGACAUCACCCAAACAUUUUGCUCCGAUGGUGCCGCCUCGGAAUAUUCAGAACCAGAUCAGCAGUACGAUUGAGGCCUUCAAACCGUCCUCCGGCACAAAGAGCGAAGGUCUACUGCUGAACUCCGACUCGGACAGUGAUUUCGAUCCCCGUGCUCCGGAUAACGACAGUCCGUCGAUCGGAGGCAACAAGAUCAGCAACGAUCUAUUCGGAUUUGAACCACCGAAGCAAAGUGCAAGCCAGCAACUGUUUACUGUUAGCAACAAUACCAAUAACAGCCAUAAUAGCUUUACGAACGGAUCUGUUGGAACAACGACGAAUGGAUUCGGUGCUCCCAUAAGCCCUCCUCCAAUUUUGGCUCCUCCACCACAAAAAUCGGCUCCCCGAAGGACAACAUCAACGCACCAGAACAACAACGCUACAAACGGGAAUGGCUAUCAAGAUUUAUUCGGAUCGGCUCCAUUCAACCCACAGGCAUGUGAUGACACAGUAUUCGACAGCUCAUUCGCAGACUCAACAUUCACUGUGAGCGCAAACUCAACAAUUCUGUCCAACGAGAACUUUGCGGAAAAAAUUAAAGUGUUGACCAUUAACUCGUCGAAGCUCGACACAGUAUUAUCUUUAAAUAACAGUGUCUACACCGCCCCUCAAAAGACAUCGACUCCACAUACAGCAACAGCCACGAAUACGGUCCCGACACUGACCAAGCUUAAUCCAUUCUCGUCACUCACGGCUCCGACGAAGAAUAUGCUACUGAGCAAUCCAUUGGUGGCCACAGUUAAACACAAUGUCACUUACGACAUAUUCCAGAAUGCAACCGAUUCUGCGGGUACGCUUACCGAUAGCAUUUCUUCGUCGAUGUCGUCUAACACCGUUACGACAAGUCAUCAUCAGCAGCAGCCAGCAAAGCCACCAGCGACGACGAGUGCGACAGAACUGUCCGAAUCAGAGGCUUUGUUUCAAGAUUUUGCACAAUCGGCUUUUAACGAGUUCAAAAGAGAUUUGAGUAAUUCGAACCAAAGACGCAAUACAAAUGUUGCGGCAAGUCUGAAGCGACCGUUGAUGAUGGGCACGAAAGAAUUCGGGGUUGACAAGGGCAUUGCUAACACUCUGGGAGCUCACGAUAUGAAUAGUGCACGUUUGAUAACCGCCAACGGGCCACAAUUCCGCGACAAGACAACCUCUAAAAACGGUUUGUUUAGCUCCGACGAUCUGCUGGAUACAUUUGACCCAUUAAAGAAAUGUUAACCUAAGUGAUCAUCAGAAGAAACAAAAAAAAACUCUUGGCCGUACAGUGCUUGCUGUCUUUAUUUUUUAUCCUGUUUUGGCAUGCUAUUUCUCGAUCCUGGUUCAAUAAGCAUUCUCGAUUUUGUAAUUAUUGUGAUUUGGAAUAAUAAUUUUCUUUAUGUUUCAACCGAAUCUCUGCGACGAUGCAUAUUUAACCCAUAUUUUUUACUCUCGAGAUGAUAGAGAUGCUUAAGAUUGUUUUGGUAGGGAAAACUAUUGAAUCGUGCGAUUGAAGCAGAAAUAAAUCAUGGUCUAUAACGUAAUAAUGGAUAUAUUUGUAAUUAAGAGAAAAACAAUCUGUUUGCAAAAAUCGAUAGUGCGAGUUACAGAACAAUCUAAAUAAAAACAGAAGUAUUAUUAUAAUGAAAAAUAAAAUUGCAAGGAGAGACGUGUUAUCUUGCGUUUUAUCCCAUUCGCUAUUGUGAUAGAAGAAAAAUUAUCAUCAGAAUAUAACGAAAACAUUCCAUUCCGAAUGCGUGCAUGUUUCGAUGCCUGUUUCGUAUAUAUGGAAUACAUAACUUGCAUGCAAAAGUUUGUGUAUACUGGGCUGAAUCUCGCACACAUGGAGCGCUCUCUACCGACGCAUAGCGAAACAUCUUCGAAACGUUCGGUACCAUUCACUGUCUCUUAUCGGUGUUUAUGGAAUUGGAAAAUUGGAGCUAAAAUUUGAAUUGUUUUGGGAGCAACGAAAUGUGUAAAUUCUUAUGUAAUACGUAGAAAUGGAUAUAUAAUGAGAAACAUAAUUCGCUAACGUCUUUUUGUUUAGUUUUGCUUUUAUCUAUUCAUCAAGUGUUGCAUUGGAGGUUCACUGAGAGAAAGAAGUUGUAGUUUAUUAUUUUCUACCGAUCAAAACGAAGAAUUAGAUAUGGAAUAUACAAAUAAUAGAGGAUACUAUAUAUAUUUACAUACAUUGAACAUUAAUAGAUGCGCAAUAAACAGACAUAAAUUGUAUCAAACAAUAAUUAUAUGUAGAUCAUUGUUAAACUAGUUUUAAUUACAAUUAGUGUGCAUACUAUGAUCAAUAAAAAGAAAUAUCAAAUAACAAAA